AUGAUAAAUAAUGAAGUUUUAGUGUCUACCAUCAAGACUGCACCAAAGGUAGUGUUGGAAAUGUUGACAAAGUUGUCGUUUAGUCAAAAGGUAUUAAUGGGUGCUACUACUGCCACUUUUGUCAGUGUUGGAGUUGCAUCUGAAAUAUUAAGUCCACUUGGUAGAAAGAUUGAAAGUGUAGAUGAUUAUAAACAAAUUUUAGAUGAGACCAACUAUAGAUUGUCCAAUCUUCAAUCAUCUGAAGAGUUGAAUGACCUCGACUUUGAAACAUUGGAAGAUUUGUCCAAUACAAUGGCAAACAGCAAGUACUUUACACUUGCCAUGGAAGACAAGAUCGACACCAUCUGUUCGAUCCUUCUCAGAUUCUUGUUGGUCGUAUUUCAAAUUACCCAACAAGUCGAAGCUGCCACUCAAGAAGAAGCACAACAAAUCCAUUACGAUUACUUAAACUCUAUCACUGAACAUCCAUUUAUAUUAAGUAUUCGUAGUAUGAUUGAUUCUAUCAUUAAAUUUUCAUCAAGAGAUACAUUAUUUAGUGAAAUUAUAGAUUAUGUUGGUAAUAUUUCAUUACUUCAUAUCCGAUUCAUCUAUAUCGAUAUGAUUGCAAAGGGUGUCGUUAUAAAAGGAGCUAAAAACUUGGUCGAUCCACUCAGAGUAUUAGAAUUCUUGUCGGUGACUGGUUCGCUUGGCACCCAUUUCCUCGGAUUCGAUCAUAUCAGACACGCCGUUAAUAUGGUGGCCAACGUUGUCUAUGACAUGGGACACAUUGUCAAAUCCAACGGUGACUUGGUACAAAUCCCAGAAGAGGUAAUGGAAGCAACCAAGCAAAUGUCAGGCAUGAGAUAUCGCAAGUACAUUCCAUCAAGACUAUACAGAAACAAAGAGUCGGUCGUCACUGAUAUACUCGUUUCAUCACUCGUCCUCUGUACCGGUGCUGCACCUCUAAAGUCGGUUUUAAUCUCUAGCUUUUUGUUGACUAGCAAGAAUUCCGUCUGCGAAGACACCUAUGAAAAGUUAAAUAAUCCAGUUGGCAGAGUAUUCUUUAUGGCCUUUUUACCCGCCGCUCUCAUGUGUUCACUUGUUGUAACCACCAAGAGCAUCAAGAGUGCGUUGGCAGCUGCCUCUAUUGCUGUUUCUGUCUUUGGUGUCGAAUGGUUGGCCUAUAAAUACGGUCCAAAGAAAUUCUUUUCACUGUGUAUGAUGGAUCUUUACUCUUAUGAUCUUGCUCGUAUAUCAAGAGCUUCUCAAAUGGAUGCUGAACAACAAGCUCAAGAUGAUGAAGUUGAACAAGAUGAAGUCGCUCAAGUUAGCAGAGAAAAGGGUCAAGCCAAGAUUGUUGAAAUUAUUCAAGAAGAAGAUGAACAAGAAAAUGAACAAGAACAACAAGUUGAACAAGAUAGAGAACAAGUUGAACAAAAGGAAUAA